CUCCUCCUCCUCCUCCUCCUCCCCUCCACCUCCUUCUUCCUUCGCUCUCCGUAUUAGCAUUUUACCCCCAAAUCUCUCCACCUCAUCACAACACUCCGAAUGGGAAGAAAAUAUGGCAUGAGGGAGACGGCGGCUGACAACCACAGUUCACCGUCUUCUACCGAGCGCGAGCCCCGCCUGAACAUGGACUUAAGGAUACGCAGCGGCGCGUGCGGAGAGCAGAGACAACGGAGCACAAAGCGGAUGGGAGAAAAGGCUCGCGCUCUCGCUUAGCGUUUCUUCAACAACGACUCUCAUCAUCAGCUUGUAUUAUUCCAAGAGACGCGCACAGGCGACACAAGGUGGAGGCCGGCGGGCUGAUUCCUGCCUCCCAGACUGUUCAUUCAGACAUUUAAAGCGGACUGGUGUUCAUACCGAUCAGCCUCAUCAGUGCCAUCAUCUCCGGUUGAAUAAAAAGACGAGAAAAUGAGUGAACAGAGUAUCUGCCAGGCACGGGCCUCAGUGAUGGUCUAUGACGAUGCCAGUAAGAAGUGGGUGCCUAUCAAGCCUGGGCAGCAGGGCUUCAGCCGCAUCAACAUCUACCACAAUACUGCCAACAACACCUUCAGAGUGGUGGGCGUCAAACUGCAGGACCAGCAGGUGGUGAUCAACUACUCUAUAGUGAAGGGUCUGAAAUACAAUCAGGCCACUCCGACCUUCCAUCAGUGGCGUGAUGCUCGCCAGGUCUACGGGCUGAACUUUGCCAGUAAGGAGGAGGCAACCACCUUCUCCAACGCCAUGCUGUUUGCCCUCAAUGUCCUCAGCUCACCUGACAGUGGAGGUCCAGUUGUCCAGCGCCAAAACGGGCCCUCCUCAGAGGAAAAUGAGGCACAGAGGAGGAUGAUGGAGCAACAUCAGAUGCAGGCACACAAGGAGAGGGAGCGACGAACGUCAGGAUCAGUCGUUUCCACCCUCCAAUAUAAAGUGUCCACUCCUCCCAUCCACCCAGACACUCCUCCCGAGUACAGACAGUACAGAGCUAGCACACUGCCACCCUCCUACGUUCGCGUGGCCUCCUCCUCUCCUCCCUCCUCCGCCUCCUCCUCUCCCUGCCAAGAGAAAGAGGUGGGGGCUGCUAGGGACAAGGCCCAGCUCUCCUCCCAGCUCUCCACCUCGCUCGCCUCAGCCUUUUCCCCAGUCCAGGCAGGAGUGACCACCCAGGGCCGACAGGUCCGUCAGAUCCCCCUGUCUCCUCCCACAACAGCCCGCCACCUACACCUCCAACAGCAACAGCAGCAACAAGACAUCAUGCUCCCCCCUAAACAUGGCACCUGGUCCGCCUCUCAUUUGCAGCAAAUGUAUGCCCAGUUGCCCCCCUCCACCUCCCCUCCAGUUAUGAUGGCCAUGCAUGUGAGGCAGGGUAUGCCCCCGCAGCCCGUCCUCCCGUUGGCUCACCCCCUCCCACCCGUGAGCGCUAGGAUGAAGCCCCCACCGCUUGACCCGAGCGCCGUGACAGGCCCCCACCAGUACCCCCACUCUCACUCCAACGGCCAGCCAGACGACUGCUACUCUCCUCAUUCUCAGCACCUGCCACUCACCCCGCAGUACUGCGAGGCCAUCCCCCUGCCUCCUCUGAUAGGUCAGACUGGCCCAGGUCCCGCCCCCAGCCACCAGCCCCAGUACUCAUCCACCUUCCACCCACAGCAACAGCAGCACCAGCAUCAACAGCAGCAGGUGUACCACCAGCAGGCCCAGCCCCCCACCAACACUUCCUCCUCCUCCUCCUCGCCCCCCUCUUACACUGCCUUGUCUGACGGGGGCUCACCCAAGAAGACCCCCUCCCCCAUCCCCCAGCAGGCCCCCAUGGCCAGCAGCAGCCCCCCUGUCUCUGCAGGUCACCCGGCUAUGCUUUCUGUGGCGCCUCCUCCAGCUGCGGCCCCGCCACCCAUGGCUGGUCCUCCAGCUCCACCGCCACCGCCGGGUCCACCUCCCCCAAUGGCAGUGCCCCCACCCAUGCCCCCUCCACUGCCCACUGGUGGAGGGCCUCCUGGGGGACCGCCUGGGGUCCAGCACCAACCCUCAGGACUGGCUGCAGCAUUGGCUGGAGCCAAACUACGUAAAGUUCAUAGGGAUGAAAGCAGUCCGCCCGGAUCUAGUGGCAAAAGUGACUCCAACCGGUCUAGUGGUGGCAGUGGUGGUGGUGGGGAGGGACUGAUGCAGGAGAUGAAUGCCUUACUAGCUCGCAGACGGAAAGCCUCAGAGAAACCUGAUGAAGACGACUCUGGUGGUCGGGGGCAGCAGAACUCAACAGAUGCUGUGAAGAAGCCAUGGGAGCGAUCCAACUCUGCAGAAAAGUCCUCACUGGUGUCCAGAGUGAGACCCAUUGGUAGCACUGGUGAAACAGACACAGAAUUCGAUAGGAUGAAACAGGAAAUUUUGGACGAGGUUGUACGCGAGUUGCAUAAGGUGAAAGACGAAAUCAUUAAUGCCAUCAGACAAGAAAUCGGCAGAAUCAGUACAUCCUAAUCUCAUCUGAGCAACAGUAGGAGGAGAGCAAGAGGAGGAGCUGGAGGAGGAUGGACACACAGAUGCACAGACACGAGGACCGGGGGGCGGGGGGGGGGGAAUGUUCUCUCAAUGUUUCUGUGACCUCACGUUGCCAAGAUGCAAGUUGCAGAGAUGUUGUGCCAACAUUUGAGUCUGCUGGACAGCAAAAAUGGAAGAAAGAAACAGAGAUAAGAGAGAAGGGAUUAAUGAGAAAGAGGCAGCAGAAGGAACAGAAGUAUGUAUAAAGAAAGAUUAAAGGACUGAUGAACUCAACAGAGGAUGAAAAACGUACUAAAAGAUGAAUUGAGGGAUGGACGGACAUUCGUGCUGAGUUUGGUGUUGUGGUCCUCUCUGUGCACCUAUAGACUCAGUCAGCCCGGUGUUGCAACUCUUUGUUCUCUGUUCAGUCCAAGUCUUAAGAAGAAAAUAUUUUUGUUUUCUAAGUUUUUACUGUUUUAUUAUUUAAAAAAAACUGUGGUGAUAAUGAUGAUGCUGUUGAUGACAAUGAGUAUUUUAUUGAUAUUAUAGAAGGAGAAAGGAAACUUGCACACCAUUUAUGUCAGCCUUUUAUAUUUUCUAUUAUUUUGUUUUUAUUUUGUUUAGUUUAUCCCUAACUAUUUGAUGAUAACAAGCACAAUAUGGGCAAAACGGUGCUGCAGAUACACCUGCCCUCAACUGGCAUAUUUUAAAAAAAAAUGGCUUUUUAUGACCUUGUUCAUACUGGUGUUGUGUGUCUAACCUUUUCUCUCCAGAGAUGUUGGAAAACUUCAAUGUUUGAAUCACAAUUAGCCUUUGAAAUUACCCCUUUCCUCCACAUCCAAGGCAUAACACGUUACAAAUGAGCAAUUUUUGGCAAUUAAUCAAGGAAGUCAAUAACAUGAGAAAUAAUAGUCUGCUCUAUGACUCCAGUGUGACCGAGGUAAAGGUUUCUCUCUACCUGUUCAGAUGUGUGAGAUCAUUUAAAACUUGGGGAUCAUUCACAAAACAGGCCGAUAACUGUAAAUGUGCCACCUGGUUUUACCUAGAUAUAAAACAAUGUAGUACUAUCUAUUAGUCAUCCUAUACUUUGUGAACCUCCCGAGUAUGCAUGAAACCCCACCUCUAUAAAUUAGUUUUCAUUUGGUUUGAGAAGUAAUAAAAAGGAAAAAAAACACACAAACGGUGGUACAUUUAUUAUAGUGGUUUGUUUCCAUGAAGAUUUCCCUCUAUAUAUAUGACAUGUUGAACUUGAUAAUGGUAGCAAUGUGAAAAAAAAAUGAGGGGGUUGCUCUGGCAAUAUGCAAAUUUUACCUAGAUAAGAAUGUGCAGAAAGUGAAUGGUACAGUAGGCCUAUGUGAUGGUAGCUAAAUGUGUCUUUGAAGGAAGGAUUUGAUUGAAUAUCGGUUGUUGCAUUCUAUCCACUCUGUUCGCUCUCAACUACGUUCUGAUUUCAAAGCUGGAAGUAAAUUCAUUCAAACAAAACCAA